GGAAUUCUGCUUAUCAUGGGUGAAGGAAAGGAACUGCAGGAAAUGGAGGGAAGUGGAUCGGGGGAAACACGUCUUCUUUCUGAGGACGCUCCAGUCAAGCCGUCAGUGGCUCAGCUGGCUGGGAGACUCAAAGGUCAUGCGCUGCAGAUGCCAGGAAACAUGGAGGUGAAAUCUAUGAGGAGACCGAGACCCACAUGUUCUCUGGUGAUAAACGACCAAAAAGAUGAAGAACAUGAACAAGAAAAGAAGUCGUCUAACUCUCCUCAUCCUCCCAAGAUGAAGUUAAAGAGUUCAGCCCUCAUAGAAAAACUCCAGGCCAAUCUUGCUCUCUCUCCAACUGUCCUGCUCUCCCCACCCAAAAGUCCAGAGUCUAAAGAGCCAGCCACCGCGUCCUGUCCCAUCAGUCCCUGCAGCUCCGUGAGCUCCACCCUGCAGCCCGUUCACCUGUCCUGUGAAGAUGAGGCGCCGGUUAGCUUCGAGCAGCCGGUCGAGGGCACUCCACUGCCCAACAUCAACAAGAGUCGAGCCAGGCUGUCUUUCAAGCGCCGGCUGCCCACAAGGCUACACAGGAAGUCGGCAUGUGAAGAGGCAAAAGUGAAUGAUGGAUGUGACUCUCUGUUUCAACCGGAUACUCAACUUCAGAAUGGGGAUGAAGGGGAGCUGAUUGGUGGGCCUUUGCAGGAGAAUACAGCAGAUACAACAGACUCUGCUCAACCCACCAAUGACCCACAGCAGGAAAAAGACAGGACAGAGCACAGAGAUGUACCCCAAGAAAAUGAGUGGACUGAAGUAACCCAUACAGGAGAAGUGGAAGAAGUAACUGAGGGAGGAUUUGAACCUUCUGACUGUAAACGGGCCCAAGAGGAAGAGAAGGAAGAGACAGAAGAGGACAGGGCAGAAGUCAAAGAGGACAAGGAAGUGCUGGAUGCAGAGAACAACUCAGAAUAGACGUAAUAGGCCAAAAAGCUCAUCAAAAUGGAUUAUUUUGCAAGAUAAGCAUUGCUUUAGCAAUCUAGAAUUGUGGGAAGGUUAUUCCGGACGACGGGCGAAUUAACGGAGUUUCUAAAAAACAGACUCCAGGAUGGAUGAAGAUGGACUGAAUUCUUCUCUUUUAGGAUUGUGGAUUUGGGGACUUAAUAUUGCUAAAGCAAAUAUCACACAAAAAGGUUAGAUGUUAUCAAUUCAUCCUCAUGGCUUUUUACGUUUUGGCGAGUUGGCGGUGAAUUUGUACAUUUGUACGUUUUCGUAUGAUCUGUUUACGCCUCACUGUGAGUUAUAGGUUUAAGGAUGAACCUUCAUGCUUACUUUUUUUCUAAAACGUGUUUUCGUACAAAUCACGUUGUAUUAUUCACACGAAUUUGUCACCAAUCUGCCAAAAUGGAAAAUAAUUAUGUUUUCCCAAGAGGUCGGAUUGGAUUUUAGGUUUUAUUUAUACUCUAGGGUUAUUCAUAUGCCUCGAUUUUAUUGCUUUCUUAUGCUUUCGAGUAAACUG